AUGGGGCUUUCAUUGCGGCUCGAUACGCUUGCUCUUCUUCUCUUCUCGCUAAGCAGUCUAGUCGUUGGCUACAAUGUAAGCACUGGCUACAUAACACCAAACUCUACGGGUGUCCGCAUUCAGCACGGCUUCGAGACUGUGCUUGUCCAGCCUUAUGGAUAUGAUGGUUUCCGUGUCAGAGCAUGGGCAUUUCGACCGCCCAGCGGUAACGAGAUUAGCUUCCUCUACGAUCCCCCUGUCGAAGGUCCCGAAAAUGGCAAAGCUCGAGGUAUGAGCUACGACAUCAGGUCCAAUGGAAACAUGUCAGUCUCCAUCCGUAACGGCAAUGCCGUGUUCAGGACAUUUGGGCUCGAUGAUGGCCAUUAUCGUCUGGCGUUCUAUCGUGUCGAAGCUAACGGCUCAGAGACACUACUCACGAAUGAAUACAAUCCUGUCAAGUCACUAAAUCCACGAUAUUAUUCUUGGAGAGGACCUGGAAGCGAGUUCUCGGCAGUAUUCUCGUUUAGCACAGAUCCUGACGAGCAAAUAUACGGCACGGGUACUCAGCAAGAUCACAUGGUCAACAAGAAAGGGGCUGUGAUUGACCUCAUAAAUUUCAAUACACAUAUUCCUACACCCAUGUUCAUGAGUAGUCGAGGCUAUGGCUUUGUCUGGAACUCGGCUGCCGAGGGUCGUAUGGAGUUCGGUCCGCUACGAAACCGUUUUACAUCAGAGUCUACGACUGUCGUAGAUUAUGCUAUUGUCAGCGCCCCUCAAGGAGACUAUGAUGGCCUCCAACGAAAACUGUCUGCAAUCACCGGUCGUGCACCAACACCUCCAGACUUCUCGCUCGGCUACCUGCACUCCAAACUCCGAUACGAGAAUCAGACAGAAGUCUUGCUACUAGCUCAGAACUUCCAUAAUCGCAGUAUACCCGUGUCAAUGAUUGUGAUCGACUAUCAGUCGUGGGCGCAUCAGGGCGAUUGGGGAUUGGAUCCUGCUCUGUGGCCCAAUGUGUCAUACAUGGCUGCGCAAGUGAAGCAGCUUACGGGUGCAGAGAUGAUGGCUUCACUCUGGCCUAGCGUUGAAGACGCCAGUGUCAACUACAUCGAGAUGCAAGCAGAUGGUUAUCUCUCAGCCACUCGCUCUGGUCCUGGCACAACAGAUUCGUGGAAUGGAUCAUACAUUCGCAACUACGACUCCACAAAUCCUGGGGCACGAAAGUUCCUGUGGGAUACACUGCGCCGCAAUUACUAUGAAAAAGGAAUCAAGAACUUCUGGAUCGAUCAAGCGGAUGGAGGUGCACUCGGAGAAGCUUGGGAGAAUAAUGGACAACAGUCGUAUAUUCAAAGUAUUCCUUAUCCUCUUCCUGAUGUUUUGUACCACGCGGGCACGCAACUCAGUGUCGGCAAACUCUACCCUUGGGCUCACCAACAAGCUAUUGAAGAAGGCCAACGCAAUGCCUCAAACACACAGCAAGGUUCUGCCUGUGACUCGCUCUCGCUGUCUCGUUCUGGCUACAUUGGUUCCCAGCGCUUCUGCAGCAUGAUCUGGUCGGGUGACACGGUAGCCAACUGGGAGACCCUCAGUGGCCAAGUGUCGAACGCAUUAUCUGCUGCGGCAACAGGUUGGGGCUGGUUUACAGUCGACGCAGGAGGUUUCCAAGCCGAUCCAACCAUCGAAUGGAGCAACAACAUCGAUAGACCCCAGUACCGCGAACUAUACGUGCGAUGGCUACAAUGGACGACCUUCCUGCCCUUUAUGCGAAACCAUGGUAGCCGCAACUGCGACACCAAGAGUGCAUUCACUUGCGACAACGAGCCAUGGACAUAUGGAGCACAAAACACACCCACCAUAGUCUCAUACAUCAACCUGCGCUACCAGCUCUCCGCCUACCUACGCGCAACCUUUGCACAAUUCUCCGCCACCGGACGAAUGAUCAUGCGGCCACUGUACAUGGAUUUCUCACUCAGUGAUUCCAACAUUACCGCAUGGACGAAAGUAAACAACAACUUUACUACCCAGCAAUACAUGUUUGGACCCAGACUUCUGGUUACUCCCGUCACGCUACCCAACAUGACGACUUGGGAGGUUUAUCUUCCGCAGACCGACGGUGAUCAAGAGAAACCGUGGACUUAUUGGUGGACGAAUGCGACGUAUGCGGGCGGACAAGUGGUUAACGUUUCUGCGCCUUUGGAACAUAUCCCCUUGUUCCACCUCGGCAGCCGCGAGGAUAUUAUGAGUGGAAAUGUUUUCUAG